UAAUAAGUAAUAACUAUGUCUCUUUCAGUCUCUCUCUCACUCUGUCUGUCAGACACCUUAACCGCCGCCUACUUCUUUCUCCGGUAUCACUCCCAUUUCUUUACUUCGACUUUAGCUGUGUUAGUUUUCUCUCCACCGUUGCUGUUGCUAUGUAAUGUCUCUCCGGCGAGGCUGCAACCUGUGACCUCGACACCGAUCUGCUCUCCUCUGCUGUUGCGCUCUCUGCUCACCCAGUCGCGGUCACUUCCUCUGUACUCUCUCUCUCGCCGCUGAUCAGUUUUCUCCACCGGGUGAAUUCUAAUCAUUGUCCAUGAGUCUCUAUGAUGAAUUCAAAGAGAUUCUAAAGAUUCAGAAGUUUCGAAGAUUGGUGUCAUAUACUGGAUUCUACUGCUUUGCCACACUCAUAAGCUAUGCUUAUGUUAGCAAUACAACCCGAGCUGGAUAUUCCAGAGCCGAUCAAUUCUACGCAUCGUACCCGGCUGGUACUGAGCUAUUAACAGAUACUUCCAAGUUGUACAAAGCUGCUCUUGGAAACUGCUUUGAAGCUGAAGAGUGGGGUCCAAUUGAGUUCUGCAUCAUGGCCAAACACUUCGAUCGUCAAGGGAAGGCUCCAUAUGCAUACCAUUCAAAAUACAUGGCACACUUGCUUUCACUUGGACAGCUUGAUGGAAGUGGUUAAUGGGAGAAGUUAACCAUUUAACUCCGAUGAUAUUUGAUAAUUUGGGAGUUGUUUUAAUAUAAUAAUUACAUAGCCAUAUGAAAAUUACUUGAUGAUUACUGAGUACUUGCUCAAGUUUUGGGCUGCCAUGUAUGCUAUAACUGGCUUUUUAUGAUCAAAGAAUAUAGUAUCUUGAGCAUUGAUUCUGUUUUUUGUCUUUAAAAAAAAAAAGAUUUAUCAUGCUUCUUGUCCAUAUACAAACUCUUUCUAUUCUUCCCAAGAUAUUGUAUGACUUGUUGCUUGCCAAUAAGUACAACAUUAACUA